AUGACCAAAAAGGCUAGAGGACCACUUCUUUCAUCAUCAAUCAAAGAUUCAAGAAGUAAUAACCAAGAAACAUCAAAGCAACCCAUGACAUCUUCAAUGUCCACUACCCCUUCAGCCGCAUCAUUGUUGGCAAAUACUGCAAAUUCUAGAAACUCCUUGAGUAACUACCCAACCUUCAAUCUGAACUACAAACGUCAUACCACAACUAACCUAUCCAUUUCUUCUAAUUCAAAACAACUCAAACUCAAUACCGAAGCUGUCAAUUGCAAGAGUAGCUUAAAAUUUAAAUCUGUGGGAACACAAACUACUGAGAGCGCCUUAUUCCAGGACAAGCGAGUUAAAUACGUUGACGAUGACGCGUACAAUUCCCAAUUGAGCUCCCUAUUUGCUACUUUCAACUUUGGCUCAAAACAAGAUCUCGUGAAUGACCUUACAACUUCCCUUAAUUAG